CCGGAGCCACUGCGCCCUGCGGCUCCGCGCUGCGGGGAUCCCGGCCGGCGCCAUGGACCGAGGUCGGGUGCUGGAGCAGCUGCUCCCAGAGCUUGCCGGGCUGCUCAGCCUCCUGGACCACGAGUACCUCAGCGACACCACCCUGGAGAAGAAGAUGGCCGUGGCCUCCAUCCUGCAGAGCCUGCAGCCCCUCCCAGCAAAAGAAGUCUCCUACCUGUAUGUGAACACAGCGGACCUCCACACUGGGCCCAGUUUUGUGGAGUCCCUAUUUGAAGAAUUUGACUGUGACCUGAGUGACCUUCGGGACAUGCCGGAGGACGAUGGGGAGCCCAGCAAAGGAGCCAAUCCUGAGCCAGCCAAGAGCCCAUCUCUGAGGAAUGCAGCCGACCUGCCUCCGCCACUCCCCAACAAGCCUCCACCUGAGGACUACUAUGAGGAGGCCCUUCCCCUGGGACCGGGCAAGACCCCUGAAUACAUCAGCUCCCACAAUGGCUGCAGCCCGCCCCACUCAAUUGUGGAUGUCUACUAUGAAGAUGCAGACAGCAGCUACCCUGCGACCAGGAUGAACGGCGAGCUCAAGAGCUCCUACAAUGACUCUGAUGCAAUGAGCAGCUCGUACGAGUCCUAUGACGAGGAGGAGGAGGAAGGGAAGAGCCCACGGCCCAGGCACCAAUGGCCCUCAGAGGAGGCCUCCAUGCACUUGGUGAGGGACUGCAGGAUAUGUGCCUUCCUGCUGCGGAAGAAGCGCUUCGGGCAGUGGGCCAAGCAGCUGACCGUCAUCAGGGAGGACCAGCUCCUGUGCUACAAAAGCUCCAAGGACCGGCAGCCACAUCUGAGGUUGGCGCUGGAUGUUUGCAGCGUCAUCUACGUGCCCAAGGACAGCCGGCACAAGAGGCACGAGCUGCGCUUCUCCCAGGGGGCUACCGAGGUCCUGGUACUGGCCCUGCAGAGCCGGGAGCAGGCCGAGGAGUGGCUGAAGGUCAUCCGAGAGGUGAGCAAGCCUGUCGCAGGAGCCGAGGGCAUGGAGGUCCCCAGAUCCCCAGUCUUCCUGUGCAAGCUGGACAUGGACAAGACGCUGUCGCAAGAGAAGCAGACCUCAGACUCCGAUAGCCUGGGCAUGGGUGACAGUUCUUCUACCCUUGGCCGCCGAGAGGCUUGUGAACAUGGCAAAGGGAAGAAGAGCAGCCUGGCAGAGCUGAAGGGCUCGAUGAGCAGGGCUGCAGGCCGCAAGAUCACCCGCAUCAUCAGCUUCUCCAAGAAGAAGCCACAGGCCGAGGACCUGCAGACGUCCUCCACCGAGGAGGAGGUUCCAUGCUGUGGCUAUCUGAACGUGCUGGUGAACCAGGGCUGGAAGGAACGCUGGUGCCGCCUAAAGUGCAACACUCUGUAUUUCCACAAGGACCACACGGACCUGCGGACCCAUGUGAAUGCUAUCACCCUCCGUGGCUGCGAGGUGGCUCCGGGCUUUGGGCCCAGACACCCUUUUGCCUUCAGGAUCCUGCACAAUCGGCAAGAGGUGGCCAUCCUGGAGGCAAGCUGUUCAGAGGACAUGGGUCGCUGGCUUGGGCUGCUGUUGGUGGAGAUGGGCUCCAGAGUCACCCCUGAGGCGCUGCACUAUGACUAUGUGGACGUGGAGACCCUAACCAGCAUCGUCAGUGCUGGGCGCAACUCGUUCCUAUAUGCAAGAUCCUGCCAGAGUCAGUGGCCUGAGCCCCGUGUCUAUGACGAUGUUCCUUAUGAAAAGAUGCAGGACGAGGAGCCCGAGCGCCCAUCUGGGACCCAGGUGAAGCGCCACGCCUCCUCCUGCAGCGAGAAGUCCCACCGCGUGGACCCACAGGUCAAAGUCAAGCGCCACGCCUCCAGUGCCAAUCAAUAUAAGUAUGGCAAGAACCGAGCUGAGGAGGAUGCCCGGAGGUACCUGGUGGAAAAAGAGAAGUUGGAGAAAGAGAAAGAGACGAUUCGGACAGAACUGAUGGCACUGCGGCAGGAGAAGAGGGAACUAAAGGAAGCCAUUCGGAGCAGCCCAGGAACAAAGUCAAAGGCUCUGGAGGAAGCCAUGGCCACCCUGGAAGCUCAGUGUCUGGUGAAGGAGGAGCGCCGGAUCGACCUAGAGCUGAAGCUGGUGUCUGUGAAGGAGCGUUUGCAGCAGUCCCUGGCAGGGGGCCCGGCCCUGGGACUGUCCGUGAGCAGCAAGAAUAAGAGUGGGGAAACUACAAAUAAACCCCAGAACAACGUCUCAGAGCAAUCUCUCCCUGUCAACUGUGUUUCUGAGCUGAGGAAGAGGAGCCCAUCCAUUGUAACCUCCAACCAAGGAAGGGUGCUACAGAAAGCCAAGGAAUGGGAAAUGAAGAAGACCUAGGAAGAGGAUGAGGAUUUCAUUCCAAAGGAAAUAUCAGCUUCUCCAUCUAAAGCGGAAAUGCUUUUUCCACAAGGAGAUGCCAGGAGAAGACUGGAAGUAGCCCCCACUCUCCGGGGCACCCAAAAGACCAGCCUUUAUUGUCUGCAUGAUUUUAAGGGAUAAGGGGAGGGAAAAAGUAGAAGGGAAGAGGAAAAUGAAAGGCAUCCAUAUGACUUUCCAAAGGGUGGAAAUGGGAGUGGAGGGAGACAGAACUCUGCACAAUUGUAAAGAUUUUGUUAGAUAUCUUUGCCUUCUCUUCAAGAAGAAAUGAAAGCACAUGUGAA